AAGGUUGUGAAUUUGGAAGUGUACACUUACUGGUAAAAUCUUUCAAAUGCCAGUUUGAAGAAAGAGGCUUAACAUAAAUGGAGAGUGACUGGGACUACAGCAGCACCUGCGGCACUGAGGAGUCUGCCAGGGUGCCAGCAGAAAUCUUUUAACAGGAUAAUUUGGACUUCAGCUCUUGGGGAAUGUCUUGGACUUCCAGAUUUCAGGCUGAACAUUACGUAGAUACAUAGAAGCCAUUUGUCAUCAAGUGGGUUACUUUCGUAAGAGGCAGAGUUUCAGAAAACAGAAACAUGAUGGGCUUGCCUGGGUUUUCCUUCUGUUUUCUUUAGUUUUGGUGGCUGAAAAAUAGUUCAGAUACUUGUAAAUAAAAAUUUGCGGGUGUUCAGUGAUGGCUGUAAGGUCAUCUGUGUGCGUGUGUUUUAAAGUGAUAGUUCAGCUGUUGCAGUUUUGAACAGUAGCUGUCAUGAAUUGUGGACAGUCUAUAACACAAACUCACUGGUGAAAAAUAAAAAAGUUUACGUCCCUAUUACUAUGUCAUGUUUACUUUAAGACACGUGAAAUAAAAAAACCAAGUACUUUGAAAGUAUUCUUAAUAUUUUCAUGUCAUAUUCAAAUAACAACAAAGAAGAGCUGCCAAGUAUUCUAACGGGUUCAUACUGCUCUUUGUAGGCCCCGCUGCUGUACACGUGCUUGCCCCUUCUGCCACGAGCAGUCUCACUGAAAUUAGUGGAACUCUCCUUGGUGGUGAAGUUAAAUGUAUGCAUAAUUGUUGGUAAGAAUAGGGCCUUAAUGAGUGGCCAAAUAUAGAAAUAGACUUAUUCAGAAAUUUAGUUGUAAUACUUCAUUUUGGUUCACUGGUGGUGUAGCUGAUCCAGAGAACCCAGGUAUGUCAAUACCAAACUAUGCAUUUAUAGCAAAUGCAACAACUAUCUACCCUCGUUCUUGGUCUAAGUGAAGCAGAGAUUUUGGCUCCCAGCACUUACAAAUAUAAGAUGUGAUUUGGAGUUACAACUGAAAUUUUGUUAUUAAUUAUUCUGAAUGGAAGUACGACUAUAGCAUAUGCUGCUAUUCCUGAAUAAUUCUUAGUUGUGAAGAGGACCCAGUCUCUCUCUUAACCCAAGAUACUCAUUCUUGGAUUAGUUUUGCCACCUGUCUUUAUUGCGUGGUGCAGUAUGCCUGAAGAGACAGAGUGUGUAUAUUAUAAAAUAGUAGUUUUGGGGAGAAAUGGCACUUGCCUAAAGAGUUGGAGAUAAAAACUGCUCUCUUAAGUGCUUACAAAACAUCAGUGAGCAAGGAGACGAAAAAGGAGUAAGGCUCUGGUAUUAAGGUGGCAAAACAUGCAGGCAGGUUCUAUGGAGAGAAGAGCAGGGCUAUUAGGAAUUCAUGAGGGAGAAGGAAAAGAAGGGAAAAAGCAGAGGGGAAUGCAUUUGUUGGAAGAUGAACUUUGAAAUAUAACUGCUAAAAUACAGUUUUGAACGUGAGGCUCAAAAUGGAGGCUUGUGCUGUCAGUGUGUGCUAGCAGAGGCCUGGCAUCCUAUAAAUGCAGACUGUACCUCUGUGCCCAUUCUGCCACAGACAUACAUUUUCUGUUGUUGAGACAUAGGCUAAUGAGAGGAAUAAACAAGUAGCCAGGAGACACGAAGGGGAAUCUUUCUAAAUUUUGCCAGGUUAUGAUACUACUCUUGCAAAAGUAUGUUUGCUUUAUAUAGAAAACUACCAAUCUGGCAGCAUGGAGCAGCUCAAUGAAAUGCUGCUGUUUGAGUCUUUUUAGCAUGCAUGGAAAGACGGGUACUAUAGGCAGAUGGGUUGCCCUGUGCACUGGCAUCCGUGCAGCACAGCAGAAAUAGCAUACACCUACUUAUGGAAACUGGAGUAAAGUGGCGUGGUUUUUUUUGUACUGCAGGUAUAUAAGGGAAUCAGAGGGGAGCUGCAGGAGGGGGGAGGCUAUUUGGAGCAUGUAGCCACAAAAGGUGGUCUUUGCGUCUCGUUGUGUAUGUGAUUGAUUUGGAACGUGUAGAGAGGGUGGGAGGUUGCUUACAAGACACAAAUUAGAGAAGGAGGCUUCUGUAGCUUUGUGGGUGGAGGCUUAAAGGGAUGCCUUCCUUUUUCAGAUGUGCUGGUGAAUCCGGUAAAAGCACAAUAGUCAAACAGAUGAGGAUCUUGCAUGUGAAUGGAUUUAAUGCUGAGGAGAAGAAAAUGAAAAUUCAGGAUAUUAAAAACAAUAUUAAAGAAGCUAUAGAGACAAUAGUGACAGCAAUGGGCAAUUUGGCACCUCCAGUUGAACUAGCCAAUCCAGAGAACCAGUUUCGAAUCGACUACAUCUUAAAUUUAGCUAACCAGAUAGACUUUGAUUUCCCACCGGAGUUUUAUGAACAUACAAAAACACUUUGGCAAGACGAAGGUGUGAAAGCCUGCUAUGAGAGAUCUAAUGAAUAUCAGCUGAUUGAUUGUGCCCAGUAUUUUCUAGACAAGAUUGACAUAGUCAAACAAAAUGAGUAUACACCGUCUGACCAGGAUCUUCUCAGAUGCAGAGUUUUGACAUCAGGAAUUUUUGAAACCAAGUUUCAGGUGGAUAAAGUAAAUUUUCAUAUGUUUGAUGUUGGAGGGCAACGAGAUGAACGCCGAAAAUGGAUCCAGUGUUUUAAUGAUGUGACUGCUAUCAUAUUUGUGGUGGCAAGCAGUAGCUACAACAUGGUUAUACGAGAGGACAAUCAGACCAAUCGGCUUCAAGAAGCACUAAACCUCUUCAAGAGUAUCUGGAACAACAGGUGGCUACGGACCAUUUCAGUAAUUCUUUUCCUGAAUAAACAAGAUUUGCUAGCAGAGAAAGUUUUGGCAGGGAAAUCUAAAAUUGAAGACUACUUUCCAGAAUUUGCUCGCUACACUACACCAGAUGAUGCAACACCAGAGCCUGGUGAGGAUCCCAGAGUUACAAGGGCCAAGUAUUUUAUUAGAGACGAGUUUCUUAGAAUCAGCACAGCAAGUGGAGAUGGAAGGCACUAUUGCUAUCCUCACUUCACAUGUGCAGUGGAUACAGAGAACAUCCGGAGGGUUUUCAAUGACUGUCGGGACAUUAUUCAGCGCAUGCACCUUCGCCAAUACGAGUUGUUGUGAUGGAGAGCACUUUUUUCUGUGUUUUGGACUCCUUAUUCCUUAUUAAAAAAAAGAAAAAAAAACACCCUUGCCCACAUAGGGUGGAAGAGAACUGUUUGAAUCUCCCAUUGAUUUGCACCCCUCAACUUUUUCUCCUUGCCGGACAAUAGCAGCACUUCUAAGCUUGCUUCUGUACCCCUCGGACAGUUUGGGAUGGCCCCUAACACUUAAAAGGCCAUUUCCAUGAGGAUUCCCUAACACUGUUAUUAACAAAAAAAGAAAAAAAAAAAAAGAAAUAAAAACUAAUUAAUUAAAAGCCCUGAAUGUGGAGCACCUGAAAGAAUUGGGGAUAAAAAAUUAAAACUUAAAACAAAAAUUGGGGAGAGAAAACUUUAGGUAAUUUAGCACUGUUGUGGGCAUAAUCGUGUAACCCGUGAUCUCCACUUUGUAUCAUUCACUGCAUCAGACUAAAGAAGGUGCCAAGUCACAGACCAAGUUUGAAGACAGACACUUGAGUUUGGUUCUCUGACUGUAAUGUGGCUUUGAACAGAAAUACUGACAAUUCUACAACAGACCUAGACAGUGCAAAAACCAACUGCUACCUUUCAGAAGGGUAUUUUUAAAACCAGUCUUGGUGGUCUAAAGACAACCAUGGACAUUUAUGAAUUGAACUGCGUAUGGCCUGUGAUUGCAGAAAGAGUUAACCACACACUGUUUUCAGUUUGUCCACUGAUGAUCCCGUCUGCUAUAAAAAUCAUUAUCUGGACUGUAGUCCUCACAGUCUUUCCCUUCUUUUUCUUCUUCCCUCCCCUCAUUUUUUAUUUUACUGCUGGAUUAUUAUUCUUGUACAGACUGUAAAAUGUAUUAUUUUGUACAACUUUAUUGAAAAAAAAUAACUUGUAGAAGAUCUUUGUGCCUUGAUUAUGGCUGUACCUGUACAAUGAGCUAAGAUGUAAGUAUGUUUGAUUGCGCUGUACAGCUUUGUCAACCCUAUCUGCAGCAUUAGCUCAAGGUAGGGAAAAUUUAUCUGUAGUUUAGUUUUUCUGGUUUAUAAAAGAAGGAAAAAUACUGUUUAGUAAAAAAAAAAAAAAAGAAAAAAGAAAAAAAAAAAGAAAAAAGUACAAAUUGUGCAAACUUAACCACUUUAAAAGUGAGGUCUUCAACAAGUGACCAGAUGUUGCAGCAUCAUGCUUUUUAAUUUUUAGCUUUAAUUCAUUUAAAUCUCUAUCCAAAUGCAAAACAUGGCUUGUUUCUACAUAAACCAAAUUUUGCUACAAAUUAUAAAUGUUAGUCUUUGGUCAUUCAUAGUCCUUUUUGCUAAAGACAAAACCAGAACAAUAACAGACACAUAGGGCAUCAUGCAGGUCUGGUGACCAUCUCUAGACUGGGCCAAAUACCCCACCAACCUCCACUUACGCUGCGUGGGCAUACUACUACCAGAAUGACAAGGUGUGCAUUGCCCUUGGAUUUGGCCACUGAAUUCCAGUUUCAAAUGACAUUUUUAUUUCUCUUUUAAUAAAGAGAUACUUUAGAACCUUUUUGUUUUAUAUUAACUAUAUAAGUAGCUUAAAGUGAAGAUGUGUGGAUUUUUCUUAAACUUGAAUAAUUUAUGCAAAUUAUAUGCUUAGAACAACAUGUGGUACAGUAAAAAGAAAAAGAGCAAAAAUCACUGUAGCAAUAAGAGAGCAUGUAAUUUUAGUAACUACUACACUGCUUUAUAUUUUAUACCUAGGUGUUUUAUGUCUCUGUGAGUGUGUUACUUUUUCAUGUGUCUAAACCUACGUGUACAAUUUGUACAGAGUCAGAAAUUACAGCUGUAAUAACACAUCUAGAACAGUGUUAGCCUAUAUUACUCAAACACCCCUGCUCCCCCUUCAUUUACACCCCUAAACUGAUCUGGAUCUUACUGCAGUGACUUUAAAAGGAAAACAAAAGAAACAAAACAAAAAACAAACACCAAAAUACUUGCGCCUCUGCCUUUCACACUAGCUUCCCUCCACCCAAGAGACUGUGUUAACUUUCUUUUUUGGGAAGAGGUCCAGUUUAAAUUAAAGUUAGGGUGUGAUCAGUGAUGUCUGUGCAGCUAGAUUUGCUUCAGGUAUCAGAUGCCUUUUUAAUACUAAGAACUGCAACUGUUCAGAAUUGUGAGUUUUCAUUGCUUGUGUGGCUAAACGUCUAAAUGAAAAUUAAUCACCUAGUCCGUUUUCAUGUAAAGAGCAGGGACACGAUGGAGUUACUCUCCCAUCUCUCUUAAUUCAAAAUUACUAGUCAUCUUCCAGAAGACACUAAAACAUCUAAAAAUUUUAGCUGCGAUUGCUACUCAUCUUUUAAAUAAUGAUCUUUCCUGUUCACAGGUUUAGAAAGUUGCCAUCUGAACUUUGUAGAACUGUAGGAGAACAUGACCGAAAAUAACCCCCUACAAUUUAAGAAUGUAUCCCGUGCCUGUAGGUUAAGGGCUGGUGUUUCCACUAGGUAAAAAUGGGACACACGUAGUGGAAAGGAAAUUCAUUGUGAGCCUUAAUUUUAGUUACAGGAGCCAAAAUCUUUAAUUUAGUGCCAACCCUUAUCUUUUUAAGCCUAGGAGGAGUUGGUGUAAACACCAAAUUUAUAAAUGGGGAAAACCUUGAGUGGUGUGAGGAAUGUAAUCUCUGAUCUGAGAGAAACAAAGCACCUCCAUUAACAAAAAAAAAAUAAGCUUCCUCCUCUGAUAAUGAGAAGGAUACAUAAUAACAAUGAGCUAUAUAAGACAGCAACAGUUUAAGAAACCUAAAGCUUUAUGUGAACAGAAAUGUUUAGGGGAUGCUUUUUUUUUUUUUCUUAAGUAACGAAAAAGGCAAUUGUUUUGAAUAUGGUUGAGUUGCACAAGUAUGGAGUGUGUGUGUGUGUCUUAAUGUCUCAGUAUUGCCUUUGUUAGUCUAUUAGUCCAUGCAGUUUGGUGGCCUGGUAAAUGCAAGUCUUAUUUUUAACAGCUUUUUUUUUUUUUUUUUAAAUACAAAAACAUAAAGCUUUAAUGCUUGCUAUUUAAUAAGUAACUGUGUUUUCUUCUGUCUCUAAUUUAGUGGCCAUAACUUGCAGUUAAUUGAACCAUUCCAACCUAAUGCUUACCCAUAUUUCCUAGUUUUGUUUUAUUUAUUUAUUUGAACUUCUUGUUUUCAUGAUUGAGGACUUUCACUUUUGUCUCAUUCAUCUGUUUGGAAACUUCUGACCUUACAGCCAAAACUUAACUCAUUCUACUCAGUAUUCAUUGUGAUGCUGAAGUGUAAGAUACCUGCAAAUGUAAACACUACCACUUUUAUUAAUAAAAGCAAAUACAGUGUUUUAGGGCACAUUUGCAUCACUAUAGUUGAGGUUGUGUCAGUAUUUCCAUUAUAAACCCAUAGAGGGUCUAUAUCUUGGCACUAAAUUGCCCAAAGCUAAAUCUUUGCCACACAAGGCUUCUGCUCAAGCAUGAUUUGGUGGGUUGGUUUUUAAACAGUUUCCAACACAAACUCUUGUUUCUGUUUUAAGUUAUACAACUGUUUUGUUGGAUGGGGGUUGGUUUAAAAAAAAAAAACAACAAACACAACAAACAAACGUUGUUCAAGAUUGUUUUUGGCACUUCUGUAACUCAGAAAUGGUUUUGAUUUUACAACAUAACCUUUGGCAAGCCAGUAACCUACAAUAUGGUCUGAUCACUUUGGGUAUUUUGUAAAAAUAAUAAUAAAUUGUAGAGAUGUUGUGGUUUCAAAAUCA